ACUGCCCCUCAAUAUGCGGAUGAAGUGUUGGCCCGUAUGUUAGGCGUGCGAUCGGAGGGUUGUGGCGUUUUGCGGACCUGUUGUCGGGCACAUCCCAUCCCUGAGUUCGAUAUCCCUGAUUUCCAACCACCAGUGGGUCCCUAUUCGGGCGGUCACUACCAGAUACCCGAUAACAACGACUUUAUCAAAAGAUUUACAAACCCUUAUCAGCCAAAUGUUCAACAAAUUCAAGAUUAUAUCAAACCUCAGAGACCGCAUAAAUAUGACUUUCCUGCUCAACCAUAUCGACCCUCUAUUCAGCCGCUGACAGCCUACCCCUCUCAAGUAGUUCAAGCGAGUUAUGACUUCUCCCCGAAACCUUUAAGUCCAUUGAAUCCAAUUCAAGAAUAUACAAACAUACCGACCCGUCCUUUCAAUUCACAAAUACCAGUUCCGCUUAAACCCAAUAAUUUUCCGUCAAUUCAGCCCUUAAGGCCAGAACCAGUGCCCGUAUAUCCCGGUCAUAGACCUCAGUUCGCCGCUCACUCUAUUGAUAGUAUUGGCGGUGGUUAUGGUGUUUGCGGUAAAAGGCAUGCCGUAGGAAUUCACGGAAGGGUACAGAAUCUUCAAUACCACGAGAGCUCCACCGAGUUUGGAGAGUUCCCGUGGCAGGUGGCCAUCCUUAAGAGGUUGGGACCGGCCGACAGUCUCUACGUGUGCGGCGGUGCUCUCAUUGCUCCCAAUUUCAUCGUAACGGCCGCUCAUUGUCUCAAAAAAUAUAGCCCGCAAGACCUGAAAGUAAGACUCGGGGAAUGGGAUGUUCACCGGGAGGACGAGUUUUAUCCAUAUGUGGAGAAGUUUGUGGACGACAUUGUAGUGCACCCGGACUUCUUCGCGGGCAGUCUACUGAACGACAUCGCACUCAUUAGACUCGACUCGCCCGUCGAUUUUAGACACUCACCCCAUAUCGCACCGGUAUGUCUGGCCGACGCGCACGAGCAGUACGCGGGCCACCGAUGUUUUGUGAGCGGUUGGGGAAAGAACGCGUUCGGCCAUCAGGGAGAGUUCCAG